AUGAAGCUGUCCAAUUCCGCUCGUUACUCGCUGCUCCUCCUAUCCUUCAUCGUGGGACUGUCCGGCGCGUCGGCCUCCUCGCACCUCAACGAUGACUCCCCUUGUGUGGCUCGCUCGCCGAUCAGCGGCCUAUACUAUGACCUCUCCGCCCUCUCGCUAGAGCCGCCCGAGCUGAAGGAUGGCAAGAAGGUGGACAAGGAGGCGCGGGACGAAAGUUGGCAUGCGAAGGGCCAUGACUACCCCGCAAACUUCACGAUCAACAUCUGCGCGCCAGUCAUUGAAGAGGUGAAGGAUGUCAUCGGCGUCGACUCGUCGCAUUGGAGGAACGUCAGCGCCUACUACGAGCAAGCAGGGAAGAUCUAUUCCAUCGGAGAACAAGCUUCGGAUCCUUUCUUUCGUGGUCGCAAACUCGUCCUCAACUAUACGAAUGGCUCCCCGUGUCCGGGUGACUGGAACACCGCUGGCGCGAAUACCUCCAUUCGAACCAAAUCAACCUUGAUGUCCUUCCUUUGCGAUCGCGACGCGCCCCCGAACACAGCUACUCCGUCUUUCGUUGGAACCAUGGACUCUUGCACCUACUACUUUGAGAUUCGGAGCUCUGCUGCGUGCGGUGGAAUUGCAGUGGACCCGAACUCGGGCGGGCUGGGACCGGCCGGGGUUUUUGGUGUCAUCAUGCUUAUUGCCGUCGCUGCCUAUUUCAUCGGUGGUUGCGCGUAUCAACGAACAGUCAUGCACCAACGCGGUUGGCGCCAGUGCCCGAACUUCAGUCUCUGGGCUGGAAUGUUCGAUUUCGUCAAGGAUAUGUUCGUCAUCGCCUUUUCGUCAUUGGGCAACUGCUUUCGCUCCAGGCGACCAUCGAGCAGCGGCUACCAGCGUGCCGGCCACGGCGAUGAUACUCGCGGCGGCUUCAUUGGUGCGAUUGGUGGCCGGGGUGGCAGAGCUGGUUCUGGUGGACGCGGUGAUGUGGAUGCCGAGAACCGGUUGAUAGAUCAGCUGGAUGAGACUUGGGAUGAUUAG